AUGGUGUGCACAGGCUGCUGUUCUGUUCUUGUCUGGACCACAGUCACCUACCUCUUCAAACAGUUAUCCCGAACUGGUAAGAAACGAGGAGCCCCACCACCUCAAGAGAGCAAGCGCUUCCUGCACAUUAUGCAGCAACACCCUGAAAUGUUCCCAGCAGAUGCUCUCCACUGUUCUCAAUAUCAUAAUAUAUUUGAAGACUGUCGGAAUCAGUGGUCCAUGAGCAGACCUCUCCUUGGUUUCAUUCUCCUCAAUGAGAGGAGUAUUUUUCGGACUUACGGAGCAGCAUUGUUAGUAGCCAGCCCCUCUCUGAGAAACAACAAGCCAUGCGUCUAUGCUUUGAGCAUUUGA